CAAAAUGGAAGGGUACCCUGAGACAUGGGCAAAGACAUCUACUGGGUUGGGCAUCCAUCUUUAGAGACAGCCAUGGCCAUCCUCCAGCCAGGCCCCCUCCCAAAGGACAAAGACUCCAGGACAGCUCCAAACAGGCCAUGACAGUGAGCAAUGUAUAUACACGGAGCCUGGGAUCUAUGCCAUAUCAACACUGGUUUCUAGGGCCUGUGCUGGCAUCUUCUCUAGUCUGGAGCCUGAACGUCUUCUGUGGAGUCUGGAUCUCUAGGGAGUUACAAAGGUUCACACAUCAAGCAUUUUCUCACUAUGAAGAUACAGUUCACCAUGUCUGGAAGGCAAGACAGCAGGAACAUGAGGGAGCUGCUCACACUGCAUCUGCAGUCAGGAAGCCAAGAGAGAGAGCAGGGAAUGCUGGUCCUCAGCUACCUCGCUCCUCUUUCCACUUGUUCAGCACAAGAUCCCAGCCCAUGAGAUGCUGCCACUCAUGUUCGGGUUCAUGGGGUCAUCCACACAUUUAAUCCUGGCUCUUGAGGGAUGAGGGCGUAGAGGCAGGACGAUCAGGAUCAUCCUCAACAGCUCUAUGAAUUCAGCUAUGUACCUAACCUGAGGAUUCAGGUCUUCAGAUGGCACAAACAGGAAGACGGGUAGAAAUAUGGGCACACUGUAGAUUCAUAAGCAACUACAUUGUGGGAAACCUGUGAAAAUUGUGUCUUGGUGGUUCUAGUUUACUCAUUAAUAUAGUAAAACUGUGGGCUGAA